GCAGUCGGCGCUAUGCAGAGCAACGAUGCAGUAGCGGACAACGCAUCUGGCCGCGUGAAUAAUGGUUACAGCUGUACGGACUGCAAUGCUGCAGUGGAACAGCAGCUGUUGGCGCCGGAGGUACGCAGUAAACGUAAGUCGUGUAAUACGACAGUAUCCGACAUAGGUGCGGAUUAUAUGAAAGUUAAUGGCGCUGUUCGGCCGUUUAAACAGCUACAACGGCCAGAACAUCAAAUUCAAAUGUCUCCGACCAAAGAGGAGUUGACUAUUGUUACUAACGAAGCCGCUAAUCCGCAACUUCAGCAGCAACAACAACAGAUACAGCAUUUUCAUCACACUCCAACAGAAGAAAGACACCCAGUUGGACAUGGAAAGAGUCACAAGCACAAUGUUGGAUAUCGCCUCGGUCAACGCAAAGCUCUAUUUGAGAAGAGAAAAAGGAUUUCUGAUUAUGCCCUCGUUUUUGGUAUGUUUGGAAUACUUGUAAUGGUCGUCGAAACGGAAUUAACAAUGGCCAGAGUCUAUCCUAAGACGUCGUUCUAUUCUAUAGCUCUCAAAUCUUUAAUCAGCGUUUCAACGGUCGUGCUCUUGGGCCUAAUUAUAGCCUAUCACGCACUAGAAGUUCGACUCUUUGCCAUCGAUAAUUGUAUAGAAGAUUGGCGUAUUGCCAUGAAUACCCGCCGAAUUUCGCAGAUUUGUGUAGAACUACUAGUCUGCGCAGUACAUCCUAUUCCCGGUUCUUUUUCGUUUCCAUGGAAAAAAAUAUACAAGAAUACUGUCUCGUCCGUUUCGGUUCCCGUUGACCUACUCCUCUCACUCCCUAUGUUCUUCAGACUCUACCUGAUUUGCAGAGUAAUGUUGCUGCAUUCCAAACUAUUCACCGAUGCUUCCUCUCGAUCCAUCGGCGCCCUCAAUCGAAUUAACUUCAAUACACGCUUCGUUCUCAAGACGUUGAUGACAAUUUGUCCCGGAACGGUCCUCUUAGUCAUUCUGCUCUCUCUAUGGCUAAUAGCCAGUUGGACUUUACGAGCGUGUGAAUCUUAUCAUGAUCCAAAGCAUGAAAACUUGUUGAAUUCUAUGUGGUUAAUUUCUAUAACUUUUUUAUCAAUCGGAUACGGAGAUAUCGUUCCUAAUACAUAUUGUGGGAGGGCGAUUGCUGUUGGAACUGGUGUGAUGGGAGCCGGUUGUACGGCUCUAGUUGUUGCCGUUUUAGCUCGUAAGCUCGAAUUAACUAGAGCAGAGAAGCAUGUUCAUAAUUUUAUGAUGGACACUCAGUUGACAAAACGUUUGAAGAACGCUGCUGCAAACGUUCUUCGAGAAACAUGGUUAAUUUACAAAUAUACUAAACUCGUUCGAAAGGUGAACAAUUCGAAAGUUCGAGCCCACCAACGUAAAUUUUUACACGCUAUUCAUAGUCUACGAAAAGUAAAAAUGGAACAAAGAAAAUUAAAUGAUUCAGCAAAUACACUCGUUGAUAUGGCUAAGAUGCAAAGUAAUAUGUUCGAAAUGAUGCAAGAGGUUCAUCAGAAAACUGCAGAACUCGACUCUCAAAUGCGCACUGUGUGUAAACGACUUGAACAAUUGACUUCGAGAGGCUCCAGGCCACAAUAUCCCUAACUGUUUUUUCUUUGUUUCUGAAAAUUUCAAGUUAAUUUUAUGUUUGUAAGUAUAAGCAGAGCAUUUAUAUAUAUAUAUAUUUCUAUAUAUCUAUAUACUGUAUAUAUAUAUAAAGUUAUAUAUAUAUAUAUACUCUUUGCAAAGUAUAGUUAUAUCUGCACUACAAGUGCGAGUACAAAUAUUAUAUUGUACAUAUUUAUACAUUCAUUUCUAAAAAUGUUUAAUAAAUCGCCCAUUUCUAAAGAACCGAGAUAUACGUAGAAAUGUAUAUUAUAAAUAACUCUUGUUUAUAAAGGCGGAUAGAAUAAAAAAUGUCUUCACAAACAGAAACGGUCAGGUAGAAGAAAAUAUGUGCCGAUAUAUAUCUCAGCGUGUGUUUAUAAUCUGCUCAGCAGUCAGUCGACGCAUUACAAAAUCAUUGCAGUUGUCUUUCUCGUAUAAAAUUACUAAAAAUCUACAUAGUUGCUACG